AUGUCCAACUCCACCACCACAACGGACUUUCUCCUCAUGGAGGUUUCUCACCUACGAGACCUACAGGUUUUCCAUGCCACAUUCUUCUCUCUGAUUUACCUGGUGACCAUCAUGGGAAACCUUGGCAUAGCCGUGGUCACCACGCUUGACCAGAGCCUCCACACACCCAUGUACUUCUUCCUCAGAAACCUGUCCGUCCUGGACUCGUGCUUCAUUUCUGUCACGGUCCCUAAGUCCUGCAUUAACUCUCUGCGGGGCAGCAGCUCUAUUUCAGAGGCCGGGUGUGCCGCCCAGGUCUUCCUGGUGGUUUUCUGCACAUUUGUUGAGCUGCUGUUCCUCACAGUCAUGGCUCACGAUCGCUUUGCGGCCAUCUGCAAGCCCCUCCAUUACCACUCCGUGAUGAGCCCGCGCCUGUGCGUGCUGUCCACGCUGGCCUCUGUGCUCAGUGGCCUCGGCUAUGCAGGCCUGCACACCAGCAGCACCUUCCGGCUGCCCUUCUGCCGCUCGCAUGCUGUGCAGCAGCUCUUCUGCGACAUCCCCUCGCUGCUGAAGCUGUCCUGCUCGGACACCUUCGGCAACCGCCUCAGCCUUCUCGUCUCUUUUCUGGUGUUUGGUGGUGGCUGCUUCACUUUUAUCAUCAAGUCUUACAUUCAUAUCUUUUCUAGUGUGCUCCGGUUACCGGUGGGCGCAGACAGGAAGAAGGCCUUUUUCACCUGCGUGCCGCACAUUCUGGUGGUGUCGGUCUUCCUCAGCUCGGCCUUUUGUGUCUACCUGAGCCCCUCGGGCACGUCCACCAGCAUCAGGGACAUGGUCCUCUCGGUGCUCUAUUCCGUAGUCCCCCCUCUCUUCAACCCUGUUAUCUACAGUCUCAGGAAUGAGCAGAUAAAGCGCGCCAUCAGGACUCUCAUGACAAGAACGUGCUCAGGCAGUGUGUUGGGACUCAAGUAG